GGAUGAUGAUCACAAAUGGAAACUUAUGUACAAAUCUUAAGCUACAUGUGUGUUUGGGAAUGACACGAGCUUCUGCUGGCUGGUGUCAACUAUUCAGGAUUUGCCAAUGACUGCGCGCAUAGUAAAUUAACACUCACGGAAUUUUUUUUAUAACCUAAGAAUAGUGAUCAGACACCCCUGAUUUAGAACAUGUCCCUUGUCGCGGUUCCCAGAGGUUGUAGGGGAUGAACGAUUCUCUCUCACGGAAAACAAUUCAAACAUGGGAGAAAAAUUAAAGCUGCACCUCUGAUGAAUUUUUCACGGUUUCGGUUGAAGAAUAUCACAACAAUGCCUUAAGAGAAAAAAAAAUUAAUUUGGGUAACAAAAUUGACCAAUUAAGGAAUGGGAUAUCAGAACGACCCCAGAUAUUUUGGAAGCACGAGACACCAAAAUUUUAAACGCCAAAAUGCAUGGUCGAUCGGGUUCAGCAGAAAGAAGGGUCUCUCACCCAGAAAGCCAUGCAUGCAUCUUUGAAAUUUCGCAUUGGCUGCUGAUGUAACAAUUGAGAGAGUUUUUGUCUAAGAAGAAGGAAAAUCAAAGCACGAUGAUGGGUAGAGAUAGCAGUGUGAUGAAGGCAUGGGAAGCAACGGUGAGGAAGACACAAGCAGUGGCGAAGAAGCGUGCGAACAGCAUAUUUGGGUCAACGUACGUGGCCCAUGCAGAUGAAGAUGAUCAUCAUAAUAAUACUAAUGACGAGGCAAAUGGAAGCGAUGGGUCAGAUCUAUACCAAGCAGAGAGGGUUCUUCCGAAUGGUGAUUACUACAAGGGAGAAUGGGCAGAUAAUUUUCCCCAUGGGAAGGGAAAAUAUUUGUGGACGGAUGGGUGCAUGUACGUGGGAGAAUGGUUCAAGGGGAAAACCAUGGGAAAGGGGAGGUUCACCUGGCCCAAUGGGCCCUCUUAUGAGGGGGAAUUCAAGAGUGGUUACAUGGAUGGGACAGGCUCAUACACAGCCUCGAACGGGGAAACAUACAAGGGGCAAUGGGUGAUGAACCUGAAACAUGGGCAUGGGGUGAAGAGGUUCGCGAAUGGGGACGAGUACGAUGGGGAAUGGAGGAGGGGAAUGCAAGAGGGGCAAGGGAGGUACGAGUGGGAGGAUGGGAGCUACUACGUUGGGGAGUGGAAGAAUGGGAGCAUUUGGGGCAAAGGGUGUUUCGUUUGGGGCAAUGGGAAUAGCUACGAUGGGUAUUGGGAAGAUGGGUUGCCAAAGGGGAAUGGGACUUUCAAGUGGGGUAGUGAUGGGAGUUUCUACGUGGGGAACUGGAGCAAGGAUCCGAGGGACCAAAGUGGGACAUUCUACCCAUCGUCGCAUGAGGGCCACCUCGAGUGGGAUCCUCAGCAUGUGUUCGACGAGUUAUUGGGUGGGUACGAGGUUUGUGUGGGGGAGAAGGUUUCGAUCUUGCCGUCGCAGAAGAGGCUUGCGGUGUGGAGGUCCACGAAGGGAGGGGAUGGUGCGAAGCCGAGGAGAAAGUCGGUGGAUGGGAGGGUGAGCGUGGGGCUUGAGAGGCCGAACGACAGGAUGCAGAUGUGGGGUGGUGUUGAGGGUGACUUCAGUGGCUCCAAGACUCCAACAGUACAAGAGGGUGUUUUGGAUCAAGAGUUGUUGGCUUUGAGCCUUGAUGGUUCUAUUGCUAAAGGGACUCAUCAUCUCCAAACACUUAAAGCACCCAGGAAAUCAAGGAGGCAAGGAGAGACCAUAUGCAAAGGACACAAAAAUUAUGAACUCAUGCUCAAUUUGCAACUCGGAAUCAGGCAUUCUGUUGGAAGACCAGCCCCCUCAGCAUCACUUGAUCUUAAGCCUUCAGCUUUCGAUUCCAAGGAAAAAGUGUGGACAAGAUUUCCCCCAGAAGGAUCCAAAUACACUCCACCACACCCAUCAUGUGAGUUCAAAUGGAAGGACUAUUGCCCAGUAGUGUUUAGAACUCUUAGGAAGUUAUUCAAGGUGGAUCCAGCAGAUUACAUGAUAUCUAUAUGUGGAAAUGAUGCACUUCGAGAACUUUCCUCUCCUGGAAAAAGUGGGAGCUUCUUUUACCUCACCAAUGAUGAUCGCUACAUGAUCAAGACUAUGAAGAAAGCUGAGGCAAAAGCUCUCUUGAGAAUGCUUCCAGCUUAUUACAAUCAUUUUCGAGUAUUUGACAAUGCUCUAGUCACAAAGUUUUAUGGCUUGCACUGUGUAAAGUUAACUGGAACAGCACAGAAGAAGGUUCGGUUUAUCAUAAUGGGCAACCUCUUUUGUUCUGAGUAUACCAUCCACAGGCGCUUCGAUUUGAAGGGUUCUUCACUUGGCCGAAUAACCACUAAACCUGAAUCUGAGAUUAGUGAAACUACUAUCCUUAAAGAUCUCGACCUAAAUUUCAUAUUUCGGCUACAAAAAUCUAGGUUUCAAGAAUUUUGCAGGCAAAUUGACAGGGACUGUGAGCUUCUGGAACAGGAGGGAAUUAUGGACUAUAGUCUACUCGUUGGUAUUCAUUUCAAAGAUAUAUCAGAAAAUGGGGAUCUUAUUUCUUCUGGGUCUCAUACUCCUGCUGGUGAUUCAGAGAGUGAAGGAACUCCUUGUAUUUCAAGAGCAGACAUGGAUCAACUUCUUCUAGAUCCAACCAGUAGGUGGGCGAGUAUCAAAUUAGGUCAAAAUAUGCCAGCCAGGGUUGAAAGGACGGUAAGAAGAAGUGAUUGUGAAUUACAACUUGUGGGAGAACCAAUUGGAGAGUUCUAUGAGGUGGUUUUAUUUUUUGGUAUCAUAGACAUACUUCAAGACUAUGACAUUAGCAAGAAGCUUGAGCAUGCUUACAAGUCUAUUCAAUAUGACCCAACUUUAAUUUCAGCAGUUGAUCCUAGACAAUAUUCAAGGCGUUUUCGUGACUUUAUUUUCAAAAUAUUUUCUGAGGACUCUUGAAGCCAUGAACAAUUAUGUACAUGAAAAUUAUAUAGUAUACAUGAUAAUACAUGCGGAAUAUGUUGAUAACAUGUUAUGUGCUUGUACGCAUGCACUUCCUAGGAUGUAUUCCUUUUCUCCCUAAGGUGGCAAGAGAUGACAAGGACUUACACAUGUUGUAUUAGAUGGAGAUGUAUAUUAUUUUUUUGUGUGUACAUUGGCCUCAAUGCAGUUAGAAUUUAGGAUUUCAUUCAUGUUAUUUCAACUUUACUACUAGGUUGACCUAGUGGCUUGAUCGAGAUGUAUAUUAUUAUAUAGGAAAAUGAAAGAUAA